CCACCGAGCUCCUGCCGCCCGGCAAAUAGACGGCCGGGGUGAGCCAUAGCCUACUUGCUUCAGCCCUCUCUCUCUCUCUAGCUUGGGGCUUUUCCCUCCCUUCUUAUUCACAGCUCCCCCCUCGUUCACAUCUCGCACCAACUACCAGUAGCAUACCACCAGCCUCUUCUCCGUAGCUUAGCUUGGCCUCUUCCAUCUCCUCCUACGCACACCCUCUCUUCAAGUUCAUGUUCUGAGUCGAUCCGCCUGCAGUUUGUAGCUAGCUAACCACCCUUGAAUCCGUCGAGAAUCAACAGAACGAGAACAAGGAUCAGCCGCGUGCGUGUGCAGUAGGUAUAGAGACUGUACAGAUAGCUAAGUUUGUUGCUAGAUCUUGAACUCGCCGGAGCACCAUACAUCUCGAUCGCGGCCGGGCAGCAGCGAGGUUAGCGCUCUCGGUUGAUCGGCAAGCAAGCAAGCGCGGACGGCCGAUCGAUGAUGGCAGGAGCGGCUCAUCCGAUGCAUUUCUGCAUGGACUCCGACUGGCUCAAGGGCAUCGUCCCCGAGGACCAGGGCGGGAUGGGGUCGUCGUCGCCGUCGGAGGAGCUGAUCAUCGCGUGCCCGGAGCAGGUGCAGGCCCAGCAGGCGGCGGCGGACCGGCGGCUGCGCCCGCAGCACGACCAGCCGCUCAAGUGUCCUCGUUGCGACUCGGCGCACACCAAGUUCUGCUACUACAACAACUACAGCCUCUCCCAGCCGCGCUACUUCUGCAAGACGUGUCGCCGCUACUGGACCAAGGGCGGCUCCCUCCGCAACGUCCCCGUUGGCGGAGGCUGCCGCAAGAACAAGCGCGCCAGUGCCAGCAAGAAGUCCUCCGCCGCUGCCGUCACGUCGCCGAUUUCGAUGAUGCCCCUUCAUCAGUAUAGCCGGCAGAUGGCCGAGACUGGCCUCCACCUGUCCUUCUCCGGGAUGAUGCCGCCGGUCACGGCCGCCGACCCGCUAAGCAGCCUCGGCCUCCUGGACUGGAACAAGUACGACCACAUCCUCUCCGGCUCCAGCGGAUUUGGGAGUGCGAACUCCGAGGCGCACUUCACGGGCACGGGCAUGAUGGGCAUGUCCUCUGGCGGCGGGGACAGCAGCGUAGCCACGGAGUACCACGCGCUGAACGCGCUCCGGUACGCUGCCGGCCUGGGCGAGCACCUGGCGCUGCCUUUUGGCAGUGCAUCGCGGGCGGAUCAGCGCGACGCCACCGUCGUCGAGAUGAAGCCGCAGGCAGAGAGGCUGCUGUCGCUGGAGUGGUGUGGCGAUGCGAGUCGCGCGCCGGCGGAGAGCUCCAUGGGAUCCCUGAGCGGGCUCGGCCUGUGGAGCGGCAUGAUCAACAGCGCCGCCCACCACCACCAUGGCUCCUCAGCCGCCAUCUGAACGAGGCGAAGCAUCAUGUUGAGUGCACGCACGACGGACGCAUCUGUUAGUGGUUUGCUAAUAGCAUUAACGAGUACAAGGACUACGUAGAGUUCAGUGAUUGCCUAUUUCUUUUUUUCUUGCUCUGUUUGUGGUUUCAUCAUGCAUGAUCUGCUGCUGUUGUUUAUUUUGUUUUUUGUUUUCAUCGUUUGCUUGAAUCGAUGUUUGCAUCUCUUUUGUUUCCAAUGUAUUGGACAAUGUUCUGUGUUGCUCAAUUUCACACAUUGCUGUGGUUCGAUCAA